AGCCGAACAAGGCAGAGCGCAGAGAUCCUCCGAAACCCAGAGGACGAGACCGAUCCGCGGCCGAUCUCUUCACAAAAAAAUCCAUCUUCAUCCUUGGACAUUUUACACUUUCGGACGCUACAACCUCUCAGAGCAUAAAGUUCACGUUUCAGGCUUUCCGAAAAACCUCGUAUUGCAGCGAUAUGACGUUAUUAUCAUUUUAAAACAAGCGGUGAAAGAUCGUGGGAGCGGAUUCCGGGGGGAGACGUAACGAAGAAGACCCCGUUAUCUCGUUAUAACGGAAUUUCCGAGGUCCGAGUUCCGAGCGGCUGAAAUCACGAGUUCAGCUUUUGAAAGAGACAUUAUUUUUGUGUUUUUGAAGCUAGCGAGGGCGCUUGCUGGCCGACCAUGGAGCUUAGGGUAGGAAACCGAUACAGAUUGGGCAGAAAAAUUGGCAGCGGCUCGUUCGGAGACAUCUAUUUGGGUACGGACAUCUCGGUGGGAGAGGAGGUGGCCAUCAAGUUGGAAUGUGUGAAGACAAAGCACCCCCAGCUCCACAUAGAGAGCAAGAUCUACAAGAUGAUGCAGGGCGGAGUGGGCAUCCCGACGAUAAAGUGGUGCGGAGCCGAGGGGGACUACAACGUGAUGGUGAUGGAGCUGCUGGGGCCCAGUCUGGAGGACCUGUUCAACUUCUGCUCCAGGAAGUUCAGCCUGAAGACCGUGCUGCUGCUCGCUGAUCAGAUGAUCAGCCGCAUCGAGUACAUCCACUCCAAGAACUUCAUCCACAGAGACGUCAAGCCCGACAACUUCCUCAUGGGCCUGGGCAAGAAGGGCAACCUGGUCUACAUCAUCGACUUCGGCCUGGCCAAGAAGUACCGAGACGCCCGCACGCACCAGCACAUCCCCUACCGCGAGAACAAGAACCUGACGGGCACCGCGCGCUACGCCUCCAUCAACACACAUCUGGGCAUCGAACAGUCACGGCGAGACGACCUGGAGUCUCUGGGCUACGUGCUCAUGUACUUCAACCUGGGCUCUCUGCCCUGGCAGGGCCUCAAAGCUGCCACCAAAAGGCAGAAGUACGAACGCAUCAGUGAGAAGAAGAUGUCCACGCCCAUCGAGGUCCUGUGUAAAGGAUACCCCUCUGAGUUUGCCACGUACCUGAACUUCUGCCGCUCUCUGCGCUUUGACGAUAAGCCAGACUACUCUUACCUCCGCCAGCUCUUCAGGAACCUCUUCCACAGACAGGGCUUCUCCUACGACUACGUCUUUGACUGGAACAUGCUCAAGUUUGGUGCUAACAGAGCAGUGGAGGACGCCGAGCGGGAGCGCAGGGAAAGAGAGGAGCGUCUCAGGCACAGCAGGAACCCCGGGGCCAGGGGCAUGGCCUCAGCCUCAGGGAGAGCCAGAGGAGCGCAGGACGUGGCUGCUCCAUCCCCCCUCAACCCAGCCUCUCACACAGGGAUGGAGAAGGAGAGGAAAGUGAGCAUGCGUCUGCACAGAGGAGCCCCCGUCAACAUCUCCUCCUCAGACCUGACCGGACGCCAGGACACGUCCCGCAUGUCCACCUCACAGGCUCUGUCGCGGGUCACGCCCAGCGGCCUCCAGUCAGCGGCCCCUCGGUGAAGCCCCCCCCUACCCCUGCCCCGGCUCCACCCGCGCACCACGAUGGCCUCGACAAGCUCCGCCCACAGCACACCCCCGACAAACACGCACACACACUCCCGCUCCCACCUGACCCCGCCCCCUCGAGUGUGUGCGCGCCCGAACCACCACCAAAACCACCACCACCAGCCAGGACUGUGGACUCUCUCUGUCACUCCUCCCUGCGUGCGACGCCAGGGAGACCUCUUUUUGUCCAUUUUAGUUUAGCUUUUACUUUCUUUUUUUCCCUUCCUUUCGCUCUAGUUUUUACACUCGACGCGGUGGAGAUGUUUUAGCAAAAAUAGUCGCGUGGGGACUUUGUACGGAAAGACACAGAUCCAACAUGGCAGCGUUGAAUAGUGCCUAAACUGCGUGUCCUACCCAAGAUUCACCACAAGCCCCUUUUCUUUUUUCUUUUUUUUCCUUCAUUUCCUUUCGUUUUCUCUUUUUUUUCGUCGUUGUUUUAAAGCGGGACACGUUCUGCGGAGUCGUUUUAACGCAGGGCUGUGGCGACGAGCGGCUGCGAAGUGCCCAUUUUAAACCGGUGCAUAUUUAGUGACACGUCUGUAUGUAUGUAUGUAUGUAUGUAUGUGCGUGUGUGAUUGUACGUACGUGCGCGUAUGUGCGUUUGUUGCGUUUGUCCCCGGGGUUGUUCACACUCCGACCUGCGGGGGGGGCAAACGCGUUGAGGACUUUUUAAACAUUUUUGAUUCGUUCCGUUUCGGAUCGACCGCCUCCCGGGCCACACUUAAGUUCGUCGUUCGGGGUGGAUCAUGACGGGAUGGUUCAGUACUCGGUAAUUACGCGAUCGGUAAUUACUUCGUUAGGUAGGUAUCGGGCGUCCGUUUUGUAGAUUAUUACCUGUAUUGGACACUUACUGGACAUUUAUGACUUGAAAUGUAAAGGGCAAAUAUUAAACUGUUUUCUGAUCUGUGUUAUAGUUGCCACAUUUACAUGAGAGCUUUAAUUCCGAAUAAAAAGUGAUUUAAUUCCGAAUAAAAAUUUUAAAAGAUCAUGUAAACACUUCUUAAUGAAAGUGAUUCGGAAUUCAACGUAAUUCCGAAGUAAGCGUGUGGUUUUUAAUGCCGGGUUAAUUUAUUCCUCGAUCAUGUAAACGUUUAUUCUUCUUAAAAAUAAUUCCGAUCCGGCUUCGGACUUUCAUCCACGUCUCUUUGGAUUUGCGAGCAGGAUGCGGGAGCGGGCUGAGGUAGAGCAGCCGUCGACUCGGUUUGUCUUCGUUCCUCGCUUCUCCGACGAUCUUCCCUUCCCGACGUAAAGCGUGACGAGGGAAUUCUCCUGCUGCUGCGCAAUUAUCAUCGGAAUGACGCCGAAAAAAGUUCGGACCGUGUUUGUGUCAAACAAACCGAGAUGACGGUAGCAGCUGAAGUGCGUGUUUUCUUCCGGUCGACGUAAAUACGCUCGUGUCCCUGUCCGAUCAGAACCGUUGAGCGGAAUUCAAAAAAGACAAUUUAAACCUCAAUUCGGAAUUAUUACCGGAGAAUAUUUUAAAUCAGAACUAUUAAUUCGGAAUAAAAAAAAACAUCAUGUAAACGUGGCCGAUGUUUCCUCAACACAAACACACCUGGAGUUGCGUUUUGUUUCGUUCACACAAAUUUAAAACACCAAAAACUUACACGUAUUUAGGCUGAGUUUGCUCUAGUGGGUUUUUAAAGUUCGUACAACUUCAUUAAAAUCAUUCGGUAAUUUCUAAACUCUACUGAACUAAACGUGGACCAGAGCUUUUUGAGCUUUGGAGAUGUCGAUGGAACGAUCGCUCAAAUGAAAUUGAGUUGGUUUUUCGUGGAGGUAACAGCAUUAUAACGUGGCUUUAAAGCUCACAAGACCUUCAAGAAACUAUAUAUAUAUAUAUAUAUAUUUUUUAGUACCCCAACAGCCAGUGGGAGUACGCACGCUUAUGGUUUGUCCAACUGAAAACCCACGUUCGCGAAAUACUGAACUAUCCCUGACGCCGUUUCUACCUAGACCUCGUUGGACCGAAGACCAAACUCUUAACUUUCUUCGACAUUUCAUGCAUUUUUUUUAUUAUUAACUUAUUACUUGCCACUAUUAAAACACGAGGAUAAACCAGGUAUUUCAGAAAGACAAAUUUUUUUUUUUUUUUGCCAAUCGCCUAUUCAGAACUCUUGAAACGUACGGUAGGAUUUCAACAAAUUGUUAAUUAUUUUCAAAACAAGCUGUGACUGACCGUACGUUCGAACAGAGCCGAUUGGUGCGACAUAUACUUUUUAAAUUUUUUUUUCGUUUAGUCCAGAGGUUUACGGUAGAAAACGGCCUUAUUUUUUAGCUUGCAUGUAGCCGAGGAGGUGCGGCGGGAUUGGCGCGGACUGGGCGUGGUCUUAAAAAAGGUCGGCGCCGGGUAGUAGGCUCCGGAGGGACGCGAGCGAGGACGUCCCCGUGGUAACGCUUAAACUAAAUCCGAACUCUACGAACAGGCUUUAAAACUGUUAAAUAUUUCGUCAUAUAUUUCUUCUUUUCUGGACUCUACCCAUGGAGAUGUUUCUGCGAUUGUGUAGCCUUGAAUGUUCCGCAAUGUGGCAUUAAGCUCAAGCAUCGCCACGGAGACUAGCGAAUAAUGCCGCCACGCGAAGUUACUGGGAGAGACGUAUCUAGUUACACAAAGAAUGUAUGUUUUUCAGCAUUAAAAACGUGCGCGCAAAACAGAUACGUUUUAAUGCCUUACUAUGGAAAAUUCCAGCGAGCAAUAUCUCCAUGGAGACGAGCAGAGAGCGUGAAAAAAAGUUACAAAAUGCUCUUUAACCUUUAAAAUCUGUGUGUUGUUCGUUCAUUUGUUUUUCAAAAUAAAACCCAAAAUAAGAAAAUGAAAAAAACAACUGUUUUCUUCAUUAUUUGUCUCCAAAACCAAAAUGAAAAAACAGAUAAUGAUUCAUUUUUUCAGUUUUCGAUUUUUUGGUUUAAAUGAAAAAUGGAAAAAAGGAUAACUGACGUUUCCGUGACUUAAACUGCGAUGUCGAACUGAACCAGGUCUAAACCAGGUCAGGACAGAACCAGGACUAAGACAGGUCGGGAUUAAGACAGGACUGAACCAGGACUGAACCAGGUCUAAACCAGGUCUAAACCAGGUCGGGACUAAGACGGGACUGAACCAGGACUAAACCAGGUCUGAACCAGGUUUAAACCAGGUCGGGACUAAGACGGGAGCAAACCGGGACUAAACCAGGUCGGGACUAAGACAGGACUGAACCAGGACUAUACCAGGUCAAGACUAAACCAGGACUAAACCAGGACUGAACCAGGUCUGAACCAAGACGGGACUGAACCAGGACUAAGACAGAGCUAAGACGGGACUGAACCAGGACUAAACUGGUCUCAGUCCUGACCUGGUUUAGUCCUGAGUCCUGGUCCUGGUCCCGGCCUGGACCAGGUCUCAGUCCUGAUCACCCGACAGUCUACGCAGACGCACCUUUGGGCUCGUCCCGACACUCCUGGUUCAGUCCGGUAUUUUUUUUAAUUUUUUUUUCAUUUAAACACAAAAUCGAACUCUUUAUCCGUUUUUUCAUUUUGGUUUUAGAGACAAAUAAUGAGGAAAAUAGCUUUAUAAUUUUCUUAUUUUUGGUUUUAUUUCAAAAAAACAAAUGAACGAACGACACACGGACUCUUUAACCUCGUUCUUCCCUUUCAUUUAAACCUUGAUCUGCUAAACUUCAUCACUUCCUUCGACAAAUUCGCCCGUCCCUCCGAAGCGUCCCGCCUCCGCCCGACCUCAAAACAAACCCAACGCCACGUCCGAUAACGGUACUCAAAAAAAAACAAAAAACAACUCAGGACCCCGACCAGUCAAAACCCCCCGAAACCGAUGAGUCCGAACACACGUUUUUAAGCAGUAGAAAAAAAGUGGUAGACAUUUUGUGUAGUCGAUUAAAGGUAUACUACGGGGCUUUAGCGGUAUCUUGUAUUGUCUAAUGUUGUGAAUAGGAUUGUACCUGCCCUUGUUUUUGUUUUUUUCCGUAGACAAGGAGCAAGGAUCGACCGGGGAACGCCUCACUCCAGUAGAUUGAACUCCCCUCGGGUCUAACUCACACUUUCGGGGCUCGGAAAAAUACGUCAUGACUUAUAACUGUCUCACUGAUGGUAAUUAAUACAAGUACGUUUUCUGUUUUUGUUUUUUUUUUUCUUUUCGUUGUCGAUUUUUAUUUUGGGGGGAGCGUAUUUCUGUCUGUUUUUUUUUUUUUUUUUUUUUUUUCUUUGACUGUGAAGGCGGUCGAGAUGAUUGUUCAAACGACGCAUCUCCCUGUGUGAACUCCCACCCCCCCUCUCCCCUCACACCUAAAGACUUUUGCUCCUCAUUUGUAAUGCCACUGUAUUUGUGUAUUUUAAAAUUGUGUAAAUAAAUUAAUAAGUACUUGUA